AUGUCGCUCCCGCGCCUCGCCUAUUUUAGCCGUUCCAUGGCACUGACCGCGCAAAGGAACAGCUCUGGGCCGUUCUAUGCGUCGAACAACGUCGAAGGUUUCCGACAGUCGUUUGGCCAUCAGCUCAAGACCGCCGAUGGUACUUGGCAGACAUGGCGCAAGAUCUUCUACGUAGCAGCCGUACCCUGCAUGCUCAUGACCAUGUAUGCUGCCAUGGUCGAUCACAAGAAGCACCAUGACAAGCCGCGCGGCGAAUACAAGGAAUACGCCUAUCUCAACGUCCGCAACAGGCCCUUCCCUUGGGGCGAUGGCAACCACUCCCUCUUCCACAACCCGUCGGAGCAAUGGGUUCCCGGCAAGGGCUACGAGAAGGAUCGCCAUCAC